GGCAGUGGGGCUAGUGGGGCUGGAUGGGAAGAUAUGGCUUUGACGGUAUUUUUGCGUGAAAUAAUCUUAUGAAAUAAUCUUAUAGUUGAAUUGGGAUAUAUCCUGUCCGAGCCCUUGAAAAUGGCUCUGUGCUCUGAACAAGAUAUCAAGUGCGAGGGGAUGUUGCAAAAAAAGGGUGGGAUGAGAUGGCAAAAGCGCUAUUUUAUUUUGUGUCAGAGCGGAACAAAACCAGCGCAACUGACAUACUUCAAGGACGAAAAGACCCAUCUUAGUGACACCGCCAGAGCAACACUUGUGCUAACUUCGGAUACAAAAGUCGACUUGCUCCUUGGCAGGCCGCAUGCAUUCCAAGUAAUCUUGAAAGGUAGUAUGAACACAAUGUGACGUUACAAUGUAUGGCAGGCCGCGCACUUAAAGUGGCCUCGGAGACGCACGAAAACCGUGACAGGUGGAUAAAAUGCCUUCGUGAUUGCAUAUCGAUAGUUGUUAGCCAAACAAUGGUACACGUGUGUAUUUUAAUCCACCUAUCGUAUUUACCACGACACACCCUCAGUUUUCUGGCACUGAUUGGUUUGUUGACCCAAAGUGCAGUCAGUGCCUUCUAAUUGGAUUACCAUUUACAUCCGUAUGUUCUCUUCUCCAGGUAUAAACUGUUAAACAAAGUCGGGUCGGGGGCGUAUGGAUUCGUUGUUGCCGCAGAUGAUGUAAAAGUUCAUGUCUGAUUCCUAUUCACGUAAACGCCCAUAGGUCUUGACCGGCAAAAAGGUUGCAAUAAAAAAGGUGGCAAACGCAUUCGAGGACAUGGUAGAUGCAAAGCGCAUGCUGCGCGAGGUGCGACUAAUGCGUCAAUUUAAUCAUCCGAACGUCGUUAAACUUUAUGAUAUCAUGGAACCACCAUAUAUCGAAGGAUUCGAAGAUUUAUAUAUUGUUACGGAGCUGAUGUCAACUGACCUACAGAAAAUUUUGUAUUCCAAGACAAAACUCACCGGCGAGCAAAUGCAGUAUCUUGUUUAUCAGUUACUUGCUGGUAUGAACUACAUAAAUUCCUCAUCUGUCCUCCAUCGGGAUCUUAAGCCAUCAAAUUUACUGAUUGAUAUUCAAACAUGCAACCUACAGAUAUGUGAUUUUGGUUUGGCGCGAGGCACCACUGGUCAAAAGGAGGCGAUCGAUGAUAAUACGAUAACAAAAAGUGAUAAUGAAGUAGAUGGAGUCUUGUCACAAGAAUAUACCGAAUAUGUAGUCACUAGAUGGUAUCGGGCACCUGAAAUCAUGCUUGGCUUCCAUGCGUACGACCAGGCAAUCGACAUGUGGUCGAUUGGAUGUAUCUUCGGUGAAAUGCUUCUUUUACAGCCUGUAUUUCCUGGAAAUGAUUACAUUCACCAACUGAAGCUCAUUGUCAAAUUACUGGGCCGCCCACGUAAAGCAGAUCUCUGGUUUGUCUCCAAUCAAAACGCAAUGAAUUUUAUGCUGCAGCUCCCUGAUUAUAAGUCCCAAAACUUCCAAAUAAAAUUUCCCAAAGUUGAAGAUGUUGAUGCUCUGAAUCUUCUUGCGCGCAUGCUUGUGUUCAACCCAAAAGGUCGCAUCUCUCUUCGCGGGGCACUCAAACAUAAGUACGUCGAAGACUUUCGUGAGUAUGAGCUCGAGCAAGAUGCCGGUUUUCAUGUUAAGGUUGAUGAUAUCGAGGCAACAAAGCUCAACAAGGCUUGCCUACAGAAAAUGCUUUACAAUGAAAUACGAGCAUUCCAUCGCAAGGUACCGCCGGAUCACGGGGGCGAGGAUGGAACAUAUUUCUGAUGCGGCGAGGUCCCGAGCAACCGGGUGAGCAACUGGGACCACCUCAAGUCAGAAAACUUCAGGGCACUGACUCAGGCUCGGAGUCGAAGUUCACAAGUUCGUACUUCAUUGCGAGCGGGGAUGCCAGUGUGACUACUAGUAUCCUGCCUCGUCACAAUGCGCCCGUACUUAGGAGUUGUUUCAUAAAACCACAAAAAAACUA